CUGCUUGCCAACAACAAAUAUGGCUGCGAUGUACGGUCACAUGAUCUUCCUAAAGCUUCCAUGAUGUCGGAAGUAGAAGAUUUGAUUUGAGCUGUUGCACCUAAAUAGUACUGUGCAGGUGCAGUGAGUUGUGAGCUGUGAAAAUGUUUGGUUCAUCAAGAGGGGGUGUUCGAGGGGGACAAGACCAGUUUAACUGGGAAGAUGUGAAGACGGACAAACAAAGGGAAAACUACCUAGGGAAUUCUCUAAUGGCCCCGGUAGGGCGUUGGCAGAAGGGCAAAGAUCUGACAUGGUACGCAAAGCAGCAAAACAAAGGGCAGAAGAUGACCAGAGAAGAAGAGCUGGCUGCGGUGAAACAGGCAGAAGAAGAAGCCAUGAUGGCAGCUCUAGGUUAUAAGACUGUGAAGCAUCAGCCCAAAGGACUCAGUAAGGAGGAGUUUGCUGAGGUCUGUAAGCGGGAAGGGUCAGAGAGAGAUGAAAAAGAUGUGGAUCGUGUCAUGGGCUUGGGAAACUCAAGUGGUCUUUCUAAGUUGAUGCUUUCCAAAGAAGAUAAAGAAGCAACAAAAAAGGGCUUCUCUAUAUUUACUCACCAAAAAACAGGAAACGCGCAAGUUUUAGCUGCAGAAAAACGCAAACAAAAUGAAGACGAGAGCGACACAAAAACUGGGUCUGACAGCAUAAAGAAGCAGAAGAAGGAGAAAAAGAAGAAGAAAAAGAAGGAAAAGAAAAAGCAGAAGAAGAGGGAAAAAGAAAAACACAGAAGGAGCGAUUCCUCAUCGGAUGAGGGCGAACGGUGGAGAAAAGCCGUCUCCCCCAGAUGUAAUUCAUCAUCAUCAUCUCGGCAGAUUGGAGCCCGCAGGCGUGACAGCUAUUCAUCAGAGGAGAGGGACACACAGAGGACUCGGAGCAUACACCGCCAUGACUCUCAUUCUUCCAGUGAGGACUCCCCUCGCCGGCUGGCACGACCCCCUGCCAGGGCAAGAAGCCGAAGCCGUAACAGGGGACACACAUCCCCUCACAGAAGUGGAAGGUCAGGCCCUUCGUGUGGGGCCAAGCGACGACACGACACGGACUCAGGCGAUUGAUUGAGGCGGACGCACUGCAGGGUGUCGGGGGAGAUAGUGGGGUCUGGCUGGUUAUCCCAUUCUGCUGUAGGUCUGUGACCUGGGUAAUGUAUUAUAGGGACAGCAAAAUCCCUUGAAUGGCUACCACAAAAUAUUGUAUCUACAGUCUUCCUGCGAUGAAAGGAUUUGCCAUACUGUUACUAUUAUAAACAGAUGUGCUCAAGACUUUACACAAGCAAGGUUAUAUGAAAAUUGAUUUAGGGAUUUUUUUAAAGUAUUUUUAUUGCCUUUUUCUUUUUUUGAAUUACUUUUGUAACAAUCUCACCAACGAGAGUUUGGGUCUCAGCUCAGUAAACUAUACAUUUGUCCAUUCUUUGGUAUGCAAA